ACGAAUACUAGUAAAAUACAAAAUAUGAUGUCCAAUGGUAUUUGGGUUUCUACUAAAGAAGUUGGAGGAAAAUCAAUGUCAAAUAAUACAAAUUGUUCACCAAUAUCAUCUUCAACAUUAAAUUCUCCACUUAUGAAAUUGUCUUCAUACUUCUUAGCUGUACGACCUUGGUCAUUAAGUGCUUCAUUAAUGCCAACACUUCUUGGAUCUGCAUUAGCUUAUCGAUUAACAAACAUAGCAAAUUUUAGCUGGAUAUCUUUUAUCCUCACAGUAUAUACAGUUUUUUGUGUACAUGGAGCUGGUAAUGUAGUAAAUACAUAUUUUGAUUAUAUAAAAGGAGUAGAUAGCCGGAAAAGUGAUGAUAGGAUAUUAGUAGAUCAACUUUUAUCAAAGGAUGAAUUAGUUUCAUUAGGUGCAUUAUUAUAUACAGCAGGAUGUUUAGGUUUUGUUCUAUUAACUACCAUAUCUCCUGCAAAAAUGGAACAUCUUGCACUUGUGUAUUUUGGAGGUUUAUCUUCUUCAUUUCUUUAUACAGGAGGAAUAGGAUUUAAAUAUAUUGCAUUAGGUGAUGUUCUUAUUUUAGUUAUAUUUGGUCCUAUUUCAGUUUUAUUUGCAUUCAUGGCUCAAACUGGUUAUAUUGAACUAGGUACAAUAUAUUAUGCUAUACCUCUUGCUCUAAAUACAGAAGCUAUUUUACAUAGUAACAAUACCCGAGAUUUAGAAAGUGAUAAAAGAGCAGGAAUAGUAACAUUAGCUAUUUUAAUAGGUCAUACUGUAUCUCAUGUUUUAUAUGCUUUUUUAUUAUUCACACCAUAUGUAACUUUGGUGGUACUUGCAUUAAGGUAUUCUAUAUGGUUUCUGUUACCCGUUAUUACUUUACCAACUGCCUUCAAAAUAGAAAAACAAUUUAGAAGCCCUCAUAUGAUUCAGAGUGUGCCUAAGCAAACAGCUAAAUUAAAUAUGUUUCUGGGCAUUUUAUAUGUUAUUGCUUGUUUACUUGUCGAUCCUCUUCCCUAUUUGUAACAUACUUGUAUAAUUAUUUAAAGAAACUCAAUGAUUCAAAUAAUUAUAUGGGCAGCUAUUAGCCUAUCUAUGUAAUUUUAUAUAAAUCUUUCUUAUUAUAUUUGGAUUAUUAUAAAUUAUCUAAAAUCAAUUGAUAUUAUUCAAUCUUGCUUCUUAAUUUUAUGAAAAAUUAACUUUUAUUAACUUUUUUCAUAUAAAUAUUAUUAUGUAUAUUAUAAAACAUUUUUUUUACUUGUAUUAUAUUAUGAAUAUUCAUAAUACAAUAAACAUUUGGAUAUAUCUUUCCAAUAAUAUAACAAUCUUUGAUAUGUACAAAUUACAUUGUUUAAAAUCUUGAAUUUGUACUUUUAAUUUUUCCAGUGUGUAUAAUUAGUGUAAUAUUUUUGCACAUAGGAUAGGAAUAAAAAGAAUAUAAAUUUAUAAAAUUAUAAUUAUUUAAAUAUGUUUAUAUAAUAAUUUAUUUCAAUGUUUAGAAAUUAAGUAAUAUUAUUUAUGAAAAAUCAUGUGCAUAGCUUUUGUAAUUUCGAAAAUGUAAGAAUUAAGAAUUUCGGGAAUAAACUUCGAAAAUUUUCAUGUUUUAUAAAUUAAUAAAUUUACAAAAAAAUAUAAUAAAUUCUUAUAGCAUAUUAAUAAUAAAUUAAUGAAAUAUAUUAUUUA